CUGAAGAUUUAGUUUUAACCUAAAGUUUUUUAUGAAAUAAUUUAUUUUGGAGAAUUAAAAAUUAUUUUUCAAUAUGAGAGAACAAGAAGAGUACUUUAAAAACGACGUAGAACUUUUGUGUAAAGUUGAUAAGAUUAGUAUUCAAAUUAUAAGAGAAUGGUUGAAAAAACAACCUCAUUUGCCGAAAAUUUCAGAUAAGCAGCUAGUAAUAUUUUUAAAUUGUUGCAAAAAUAAUUUGGAACGCACAAAAAAAAAAAUUGAAUCAUAUUACACAAUGAGGACAAACUCACCUGAAAUAUUUGCCCAUAGAACUGUAAAAGAACUCGAAAAAACCUUUGAUACAUACUAUAUUUAUAAACUACCAGUAACGCCUAAUGAGUGUAGAGUUGGAUUUUCACGGCUGAGGGACUUUGAAUCAAAUAAUUUCAAUAUUUUAGACACAAUACGACUUUUGUUAGCAAUGCUUGAUAUGUCAAUCAAUGAAGAUCCCUUAGCUCUAGAAUGGAGAUUUGUUAUUGAUAUGGCUGGAUUUUCUAUGGGUCAUUUAACAAAGCUAAUGGAUUUAAAAUUAAUGAAAAAAUGUUUAACAUACAUUCAGUUUGGCCAGCCAUUACGUUUAAUCGGUAUUCAUUUGAUAAAUGCUCCUCCUUUGGCCAGUCAACUUAUGAUGUUUUUGAAACCAAUGAUGCACAGAGACUUGUACUCAUCAAUUUUUGUGUAUUCACAUAAUGACAUGAAGAACUUUUACAAAAUCAUUCCACAAGAAUUCUUAUCUAGUGAUUUAGGUGGAAAAUCACUAUCACUCGAAGAACUAAAAGAACAGACAUCUGAAACACUUCAAAAGUACGAAAAAUGGUUUGAAAAUGAUAACAAAUAUGGACGUGUUGAUGAAACUAAGAGAAUUGAUAAAAAUCAAUAUGAUUCAGAUGAAUAUGGAAUAGAAGGCUCGUUUAAAAAAUUGGAAUUUGAUUGAACGUAAUUUUUAAAUGUAUAAAAUAUUAUACAUUUAUAUAAGAUAUAUAAGUAUAUCUGGUAUAUAAGAAAAAUACACAACUAUUAACUGAUUACCAAACUCAAUGUAACACAAUAUCAAUUUUAUCGAUGUUUUGUUUGAUAUUAUUAAAUACUUUGGUAAAAUGCAUCAGACAAAAAAAAUUAUUUUAAAAUUGGUUGUUUAAUAAAAAAAAUU